UCGGAGUUCCGAAGACGAGUUAUCUUCUCCACCAGAUCGUCCACGAAGGACUCGGAAUUGGUUGUCGUCGCUGCUCUCUCGAAGCAUGAGGAGAGGAAGGGAGGAGGGGGAGGCUCUGCUGCUGGCGCCGCUCCUGGUGUUCAUCGCGUUCCUCGGCCUCACGGCCGUCGGCGCCGAGGAUCCCUACAUCUACUUCACGUGGAAAGUCACCUACGGCACCAUCUCCCCCCUGGGCAUCCCUCAGCAGGCCAUUCUCAUCAACGGAGAGUUCCCCGGCCCCAACAUCAACUCCACCACCAACAACAACAUCGUCGUCAACGUCUUCAACAACCUGGAUGAGCCCUUCCUCUUCACCUGGAAUGGGAUCCAGCAGAGGAAGAACUCGUGGCAGGAAGGCACGGCGGGCAGCAACUGCCCCAUCCCGCCGGGUCAAAACUACACAUACCACUUCCAGGUGAAGGACCAGAUCGGCAGCUUCGUCUACUUCCCCAGCCUGGGCAUGCAUCGGGCCGCCGGCGGCUUCGGCGGCCUCCGCGUCAAUAGCCGCCUCCUCAUCCCCGUCCCCUUCGCUGACCCCGCCGACGACUACACCGUCCUCAUCGGCGACUGGUACACCAAGAGCCACAAGAUCCUCGCCAAGCUCCUCGACUCCGGCCGCACCAUCGGUCGCCCCGCUGGCGUCCUCAUCAACGGCCGCUCCGGCAAGGACUCUACCGGCAAGGACGAUCCCCCGCUCUUCACCAUGGAGGCCGGCAAGACCUACCGCUACCGCAUCUGCAACGUCGGCAUGAAGGUGACGCUCAACUUCCGCAUCCAGUCCCACUCCAUGAAGCUCGUCGAGAUGGACGGCUCCCACACCAUGCAGAACGUGUACGAAUCCCUCGACAUCCACGUCGGGCAGUGCCUCUCUGCGCUAGUCGAGGCUACCCAGGCGCCCAAGGACUACUACAUGGUCGCCUCCUCCCGCUUCACCAAGUACACGCUGACGGCGUCCGGCCUGAUCCGGUACGCCGGCUCCAACACUCCGCCGUCGCAGGACCUUCCCGCGGCGCCCGUCGGCUGGGCCUGGUCGUUCAACCAGUGGCGGUCCUUCCGGUGGAACCUCACCGCCAGUGCCGCCCGCCCCAACCCGCAGGGCUCCUACCACUACGGCAGCAUCGACAUCACUCGCACUAUCAAGCUCGUCAACUCGGUGGGGCACGUCAACGGGAAGCGGCGCUACGCGCUCAACGCCGUGUCGCACCAGGACACUGCCACGCCGCUCAAGCUCGCCGAGUACUUCGGCAUCGCCGACAAGGUGUUCAAGUACAACAUCAUCGGCGACGACCCGCCCGCCUCCACCGCCCCCAUCAAGAUUGCGCCCAACGUCAUGAACGCCACCUUCCGGAACUUCAUCGAGAUCAUCUUCGAGAACCCCGAGCGGAGCAUGCAAGCCUACCAUUUAGACGGCUACUCCUUCUUCCCCGUCGGAAUGGGACACGGGAAGUGGACGCCGCAGAGCCGGAAAACCUACAACCUUCUCGACACGGUGAGCCGGCACACGAUCCAGGUGUACCAGCGGUCGUGGUCGGCGAUCAUGCUGACGUUCGACAACGCCGGCAUGUGGAACCUGCGGUCGGAGCUCUGGGAGAGGCGUUACUUGGGGCAGCAGCUCUACAUCAGCGUGUUGUCGCCGGCGAGGUCCUUGAGGGACGAGUACAACAUGCCGGAAAAGGCGCUGAUCUGUGGCGACGUCGUCAAUCUCCCGAGGCCGCCGUCCUACGUUUGAGCCACCUGUGCCAGUCUAUGCAUGCUAAGUUCCUCUCAAGUCCAUGGAGAAGGAAGUUGGGAAGAGGAUAGCUCGAAAUGGUACACAUAGGAAGGACAAGAAGGGAAGGAGCAACACAAAGGGCCUUUUUUUAAUUUUAUUUAAUUUUUUUUUGUUUUUUUUGUUUUUUGGUUUUUCUGUGCCUUAAGGCUGUUUGUGAUAAUGCUAUUGCAGCAUUUCACCAAUCUUAUUGGUCUAAAUUAUUAUUUA